AUGGACGCACAAAUCACUCUUGAUUCCGCGGCAGCAACGCAAACGCAGCAACAACGCAAUGGGGCAGCAACGCAACGCAGCCUCCUUUCAGCCCCUCCUCCUACUCUUCCGCCUGCUCCACCCCCAACUCCACCACCAGCCCCACCUCCUGCACCACCACCUGCUCCUCCACCAGCAUCUCCUCCAACGCCACCAGCACCACCAGCACCACCACCACUACCUGCACCUCCUCCAACUCCAACACCACCAUCGGCUCCUCCACCAGCACCUCCUCCAAUGCCACCUCCCGCCACCCCUCUCCUCCCUUUGCCCUUCCCCCUCCCUCUUCCCUCGCCCGGCAGUCAAGGCGCAACUCCUCCACAAGAUCCCGUCUGAGCCGCCGGCGACGAGUGUGCAUUGGUCUUCUCCCAUUUGCCUCCAGCAUACGCUGCUCACAAACCCUGCACCUAUAGGCUCGCAAUAUUCCCACCCGGAAUAUUCAGCUCGACCUGGAGCCGGAGCUCCAGCAGAGGAUGGCUCGAAUCUCUUGGCCCAAAUAGACGAGGUCAUCUCUUAUCGUAGACAACAACUUGAUUGUCCUCGGAGCCACAGCUAAGCAGGCCGCCGCCUCUCCAAACGGAUAACCCGACAAAUCUCCUGGCAUUGACGUGUCCCGUGUACGUCCGAAUAAGCCGAUGAUCUGCAGUGUGCCACGUCUUCAAGCACCCAUCAAUUUAAAAAAAAGGGUACAAACUGCCGGUGAAGAGAGCGGAUGGCAGGGGAAGAUGGCGUGGAGAGGGAGAAAGGCAAAAAAAAAAAAAGGAA